AUGACGCCCAAAGAAACCCAUACGGAAGGACAAUCACUCAGAAAGAGGAUGAAAGUUGGCCGACUGGCAAUUUCUUUUGACGAGGAAGAUUUGGAGGGAACAAUCGAACCCCAUGAUGAUGUGUUAGUAGUAACAGCAAUGAUAAGCGGCUUCUUAGUGAAAAGGGUGAUGAUAGACCAGGGAAGCGGAGCUGAUGUAAUGUACCUAGAUUUGUUCGAGGGGCUCGGAUUAAAAAAUCAAGACUUGAUGAAGUAUGAUACGCCGUUGGUCUCAUUCGACGGAAGAGUGGUGAUCCCCGAGGGUCAAAUUUCUUUCUCGGUGAAUAUGGAGGGCAAGGAAGUGAUGGUGACCUUCAUAGUAGUCAGAUCGUUCUCACCAUACAUGGUGAUCCUAGCAAGGCUGUGGAUUCACACAAUGAAGGCUGUUCCGUCCACCCUGCAUGUGAAAGUUAAAUUUCCCACCGAGUAUGGAGUUACCGUGGUAUGA